AAUUAAAGUGUUGAAGUUUCUGCGGUUCUAUCACACACUUCAUUUGAGAGUUGAGGCCAGACUUCAUCCAAAAGCCUUAGUACACAGUAUAAAUCAGACCCAAGAGGUGCUUGAUCAACAAUUGUGCUGAAGAACUUUACUACGUCUAAACGUCCAUCAAUUCAAGGAGUCUGCAGCCACUGAUCAUGUACGCUUGGAUUUAUCACUGAAGCUGGUGUGUUUCAAGCUAGAAACAAUCAGCAAUAACUGUGCACGAUCUGUUUCGCAGUUCCUGCUCUACCAAGUAGUUCAUUACCAUGCCAAAUGGUGUAUGGGUUUUGGAAAAUAUCAACUCUGGCAAGUGGCAACCCGUUAGUGCUCAUGGAUCCACAUAUCAUAUCAUUACUCACUGCAUGAUAUGAUGAUCAAACUACUGGUAUUAAACUGGAAGUCCAGUCGGAACAUUGGUCACCGAACUGGUAUCAACAGUACGGUAUUAGAAUAUGCAUCAAAACCUUUUUGGUAAUAAUUAGGAUACCAAAUUAAAUAGGAAUCAAAAUAGAGUUUGGAGUAAAAUCUUCCCCAAUGUCAUUAUAUUUUUUACUCCAAAAUGGAGAUUUUGAAAGAAAAAAAAUAGUGUAAUAUUACUGUUUCCAUACUUGUGCUUUUGGAGACAGGAUUUUGUAUGCUCACACACACACACAUAUAUAUAUGCCAUGUUUAACUACCACAAACUUGUCAUUUUCCUUGUGGAAUACGAUGACAAACUACAUAUAUCUGGGAUUCACGUUCGCAGAUCUCCCAAGCGAUUUUACGCGAUUUUACUCUCAGAUCAGUUUUUGGAGGCAAAGAUGUAAUUACGUCGCAUACUCAUUAAAGAAUAUGCUGACCUCUUGAUACUGUCUCUCUUUAUUUGUUGUGGAACGUUUCUGUAAGUUUCUUGGUCUGUGUCUGCUGUGGCUUGAUGUUGAGCUAAAUCAAACAUAGAAAAUUGAGAAGUUAGAUGGAUUCUUGCUGCAACACAUUGGACCAAAAGCUGUCUCAGUUGGUGAAGAUUUCAUUGUAAAGCAACUGGCUUCUGGAAAUAUUACAAUGCAACCUGUGGCGAUGGAUGGACUAAUCAUCCUAUGCAUUGAAGUGAGUAGAUAAUGCUGAUAAAAUCAAGGGAGUUUGAAAGUCAACAAAGGUGUGCUUAAUAAUGCAAAAGAACCUUCGUGGAAAGAUUCGUUGUUCAACGCCUCAAAGUCGUCUCCUCCAUUUCACUUCCAAAAGAUUUUUAUACACUAUUAGCAGCAUCAUCGUUGCCAUUCUUUAAUGGCUCAUCCAUCUUCUUCCUCGUCUUUGGGUCCAACUAAGCGCCAGUUUGACGUGUUUGUGAGUUUCAGAGGCAAGGAUACUCGUAAUACCUUCACCUCUUACCUUCUUCAGUCCCUGCACCGGAAAGGUAUAGAUGCUUUCUUUGAUGGGAAACUCCGGCGAGGCAAGGACAUAUCAGUUCUCUUUGACAGGAUUGAGCAAUCAAAGAUGUCCAUCAUUGUCUUCUCAGAGAACUAUGCUAACUCCACCUGGUGCUUGGAGGAACUCUGGAAGAUAAUGCAAUGCAGAGAGAGGUCCGGUCAUGUGGUUUUACCAAUCUUCUACAAGGUCAGGAAAUCUGAUGUGGAGAAUCAGACAGGGAGUUUUCGAACUCCCUUCCAGAACCCAAAAGCGAGUUUCAAGGGACGUGAGCACAAAGUUGCGGCAUGGAAGGAAGCUCUAAAGACUGCUUCCAAUAUCCUGGGCCAUGUACUUCCUGAGGAACGACCAGAGUGUGAAUUUGUUGAAAAAAUAGCCACGGAAACUUUCAAGAUGCUGAAUGAUUUGUCUCCAUGUGAGAUCAGUGGCUUCCCAGGGAUUGAAUUUCGUUCAAAAGAACUGGAGGAGUUAUUGAUGUUCGAUAAUGCAAACUGUACCCGUACCAUUGGGGUCCUUGGCAUGACUGGAAUCGGCAAGACAACUGUUGCUGCUAGCGUUUACAAACGAAACUACCGUCGGUUUGAUGGCUACUGUUUCGUUGAAGACAUUGAGAAUGAGUCGAUAAGGCGUGGAUUGCCUCAUUUGCGUCAGAAGCUCCUAAGUAAAUUAUUGGACGAAGAAAAUGUGGACGUCAGAGCGCAUGGGAGAUUGAAAGAGUUCCUCAGGAACAAGAAGGUGCUUAUUGUGCUGGAUAAUGUGACCGAAGAGAAUCAAAUCGAAGUUCUCAUCGGACAGCGGGAACUGUAUCGGAAAGGAAGCAGGAUUGUUAUAACAACAAGAGACAAGAAACUGCUUGAGAACAAUGCUGAUGCAACGUACGUAGUUCCCAGAUUAAAUGACAGGGAAGCUAUGGAGCUUUUCUGCCUUGAGGCAUUUUCUGAAAACCUCCACUCCACGGAAGAAUUUAUGGAUCUAGCAGAGAACUUUGUGUAUUACGCUAAAGGACAUCCGUUAGCUUUGAAGUUGUUAGGUUCAGGUCUACGCCACAAGGAAAAAACAUACUGGAUGCAGAAAUGGGAGAGGUUAAGGGUAGUGCCAGACAAGGAGAUUCAGAAAGUGCUAAAAGUGAGUUAUGACACAUUAGAUGAUGAACAGAAGAGCAUGUUUCUGGACAUAGCAUGCUUUUUCAGGUCGGAGAAAGCAGAUUUCAUUUCGAGCAUCCUGAAGUCAGAUCGUGUCGAUGCUGCAGCUGUGAUGAGGGAUCUUGAAGACAAGUGUUUCUUAACUGUUUCUUAUAAUCGGCUUGAGAUGCAUGAUCUACUGCAUACAAUGGGGAAGGAAAUUGGAUAUGAAUCAUCUGUCAAAAGGGAAGGAAAACGUACUAGGUUGUGGAACCCCAAAGAUAUUCGCCAUGUGCUGGAGCAGAGCACGGGAACUGGUUGUGUUAGAGGCAUUUUCUUGAACAUGUCUAAUGUCGAAAGGAUCAAGCUAAGUCCUGAUGUUUUCAUGAAGAUGUCGAAUCUCAAAUUCCUGAAAUUCCACUAUUCUCAUUGUUCCCAGUGGUGUGAUAACAAGCAUAAAAUUCAGUUCUCUGAAGACCUUGAUCAUUUUCCGGACGAGCUUGUGUAUCUUCACUGGCAGGGGUACCCUUACGAGUACCUGCCAUCAGAAUUUAAUCCAGAGGAACUCGUUGAUCUCAGUCUGCGUCAUAGCUACAUCAAACAACUGUGGGAAGAUGAGAAGGUGCCACAGAAUACAGAAAAAUUAAGAUGGGUUGACCUCAGUCAGUCACAAGGCUUGCUGAAUCUAUCAGGUUUGUCCAGGGCCAAAAAUCUUGAAAGAUUGGAUCUCGAAGGCUGUAAGAGUUUGGUUAUGUUGGGCUCAUCAAUCGAACAGAUGAACAAACUAAUUUACCUGAACCUCAGGGAGUGCACUAGCCUUGAGAGUCUUCCGGAGGGAAUCAAUUUGAAGUCUCUAAAGACUCUGAUCCUCAGUGGCUGCUCAAACCUUCAGGAGUUUCAAAUCAUAUCAGAAAAUAUUGAGUCCCUUUACUUAGACGGCUCAACCAUACAACGAGUUGCUGAACGCAUUGAGAGUCUUCGCAACCUUAUUUUGCUGAAUCUCAAGAAUUGUUGCAGGUUGAAGUGUCUUCCCAACGAUCUUUACAAGCUGAAAUCUCUUCAGGAACUGAUUCUCUCUGGCUGCUCAGCUCUGGAGAGUCUUCCACCCAUCAAAGAGGAGAUGGGAUGCUUAGAGAUUUUGCUUAUGGAUGGAACUUCCAUCAAACAGACACCUGAAACGAUUUUUUUGAGUAACCUGAAGGUGUUUUCGUUCUGUGGAUCUAGCAUCGAAGAUUCCACAGAGUUGGCGCUGUUGCCUUUCUCAGGCAACUCUUGUCUUUCAGACCUCUAUCUGACGAAUUGCAAUAUCUACAAAUUGCCGGACAACUUUAGUUCCUUACACUCGUUGAGGUCUCUAUGCUUAAGCAGAAACAACAUUGAGACUCUACCUGAGAGCAUCGAGAAACUUCAUUGUCUGUUGUUUCUUGACUUGAAACAUUGCCGCAGGCUCAAUUCUCUCCCGGUGCUUCCACCUAAUAUACAGUAUGUAGAUGCUCAUGGGUGUGUUUCUCUGGAAAAAGUUGCAAAACCAGUGACAGUUCCCCUAGUAACUGAGAGGAUGCAUACUACUUUCAUUUUUACGGAUUGCUUCAAACUGAACAGAGCUGAACAAGAAGCUAUUGUAGCUCAGGCCCAACUCAAGAGUCAGCUACUGGCAAGGACAUCUCUUCAACAUAAUCAUAAGGGACUAGUUCUGGAUCCUCUGGUUGCCGUUUGCUUCCCAGGAAGUGACAUACCCUCAUGGUUCUGCCAUCAGAGUAUGGGAUCUUCGAUUGAAACCAACCUCCUUCCUCACUGGUGCAACAAUAAAUUUAUUGGAGCUUCCCUAGGUGUUGUUGUCACCUUCAAGGAUCACGAAGGUCGUCAUGCAAACCGUUUAUCUGUAAGGUGCAAGUGCAGAUUUCAAAAUCGAAACGGUCAGUCAAUCAGCUUUAGUUUCUGUCUUGGGGCAGGGAACGAGUCAUGUGGAUCAUCUUGCCAUGAACCACGGAAACUUGGAUCUGACCAUGUGUUUAUUAGCUUUAACAACUGUAAUGUGCCAGUCUUCCAAUGGAAUGAAGAGAUUAAUGACGGUAAUAGAUGUCGUCCCACUAGUGCCUCAUUUGAAUUCUACCUUACUGAUGGCACUGAAAGGAAGCUAGAAAGGUGCAAGGUGACAAGGUGUGGGAUGAGUUUGCUAUAUGCUCCAGAUGAGAAUGACCGUGGGUUUCAGGGAACUCGGGUUACAGAUACUGUUGAGCGUACAUCGAGUGAAGCUUUUGUACCCAUAAGAGGUCGGUCACACUCGCAAGUUGGAGAAAGAAGGAAUGGUAGAAUGAGAGAUGAAAUCCCCUUAUGAGUGUUUACUCCAAGACUGGAGGUUCUUGGUCUUGAGACCAACGAAAGGCAGUAGAAUGUUGCUUACUGGAAUUCUAUUUUUUUUUUCUUUUUUGUUUCUCUAAUAGCUUUCAUAAGUAUAUGUUAUCAUGUUAAAACACAAUUUACCACUGAAUUAGGAACUUGAAGACGUUGCAUUA